AACAUUGUAAUUCAGCUCGUGAAGACUUGUUCAAAAUGUUAAAAAUACGCAAUUGCUUGGCCAUAAUUCAGACGCCACAAUCUCUGCAAUAUGCAUGCCCGAUUGUGCAACAGCUUUAUCAGAGUACUGCCAUCGCAGGUCAGAAGCCAACUGCAGCUAGAGACGAUGUCGAAUGGCAACAGGCGCGUCCUUUAGAGGACAUGCCCACUGUCAAUCCGUUAGCACUGACGUUUAAAAUGUUAAUUCCCGGCGGAAAGUACAAAAAUCUGGACUUGGAAGGGCUUGUGUUGGCAAUGCGCAAGGAUUAUGGUGACAUUCAUCUGCUUUCCGGCAUUUUUGGAAGCGAACCCAUUGUGGGCACCUAUAAUCCAAAGGAUUUUGAGGUUGUCUUUCGCAAUGAAGGCAUUUGGCCGAAUCGACCGGGCAACGAUACUAUGAAAUUCCAUCGAGAGAAGCAUCGUAGGGAUUUCUUUCAGGGCGUCGAGGGUCUGAUUCCUAGUCAAGGCAAGGCCUGGGGCGACUUUCGCAGUAUUGUAAAUCCCGUGCUGAUGCAGCCGAAGAAUGUCCGGCUGUACUAUAAGAAAAUGUCCCAAGUGAACUGCGAAUUUGUGGAACGCAUCAAAGCCAUUAGGGAUCCCAACUCGCUGGAGAUGCCCGACAAUUUUAUUGACUACAUCCAGAGAUGGACUUUGGAAUCGAUCUCUGUGGUUGCAUUGGACAAGCAGCUGGGUCUCCUCAAGGAAAGACGGUUGGAUGAAAACGCAAAGCUACUCUUUAAGAGUUUGGACGAGUUCUUUGAGUACGCCGCCGUUUUGGAGAUGCAGGCAUCACCUUGGCGCUACAUUCAAACCCCAAUGCUGAAGAAGCUGAUGAAUGCUUUCGACAACAUCCAGAAAGUGACCUUGGCGUACGUGGAUGAGGCUCUGGAGCGUUUGGACAAGGAGCAAAAACAGGGCACUGUGCGUCCCGAGAACGAACGGAGUGUGCUCGAGAAGCUGUUGAGGAUUGACCAAAAAGUGGCCGUUGUCAUGGCUAUGGAUAUGCUCAUGGCUGGCGUCGAUACGACUGCAAGUACCUUUUCCUCAUUAAUGUUGUCUCUAGCGACUAAUCCGGAUAAGCAAGAGAAGCUGCGCGAGGAGGUGAUGCGUGUGCUGCCCAAUAAGGACUCUGAGUUCACAGAGGCGUCCAUGAAGAAUGUGCCUUAUUUGCGGGCCUGCCUCAAGGAAUCGCAACGAUUGCAACCCCUUGUUGUGGGCCAUGGACGGAAAAUCAGUCGGGACUGUGUUCUUAGUGGCUACAGGGUGCCAGCGGGCACGUUUAUCUCCAUGAUUCCCCUCAACUCGCUGGCUAGUGAGCAAUACUUUCCACGAGCCUCGGAAUAUCUGCCAGAACGCUGGAUUCGAAAUGACGCGGGCUCUGAUGCCAAAUGCCCGGCGAAUCCUUUAAAGACCACAAAUCCCUUUGUGUUUUUGCCCUUUGGCUUUGGACCCCGCAUGUGCGUUGGUAAACGCAUUGUGGAAAUGGAACUCGAACUCGGCAUUGCUCGAAUCAUUCGUAACUUUAAAGUCGAGUUUAACCAUUCCACUGAGAAUGCCUUUCGCACGGUGCUUCUCAAAAAGCCUAGAAUUCCACUCAAGUUCAAGUUUACAGAUUUGGAAAAUUAAAACUCAUUAUCAUUAUGACUAAAACAAAAGUAUUGAAUAGUUGCACAUAUACAUAUAUAAUAAAUAUGUAUGUAUACUAGUCUAGGUCUAGGUCUAGGUUGGGUCUACUAGUUGUUGGAAAAAUUGUUUAUAGUCAUAUGGUUCGUUUGAUUGCCUGUUAA